AUGGCUGCCUCACUCGAUAACAAUAGUGAUGACGGCCGAGAAAAGGGUUGGACACGGCUGGCCUGUGCAGCAAAUGCUGGCGACGUCGGAAGGGUUUUAGAGUUGCUGGCCGGCGCAGAUCGUUCUGGUAUCGACAUUGACGCGCGUGACUAUAGCGGCUGUACAUCGCUCACGCUCGCCACCCAAAAAGGACAUACCGCUGUGGUAGAGACGCUCCUUGCCUACGGUGCCAACCCCAACCUACAAGACAUUGACCACAUCUCACCAUUCUGGCAAGCCGCCCGGCAUGGUCAUAUUUCUAUCAUGCGCCUUUUCUUAGAGAGUGGGCGGUUAUCAAAUGUCAAACCGCGACCUGCAUACUUCCACCAGCAUUUCCCAGAGACUCCACUCUCCAUCGCGAUCAAGGAGGGCUAUCAAGAGAUGGUGGAGCUGUUAGCACGUGCAGAUGGUAUUAAACCAUACCUAACAGUCCCGCACCACAAGGACAACGAUGGAAAGACCAGUAUGCUGGGCCUCGCUAUCCGGAACGGGCUCGAAGAAGCAGCAUUGGCUCUUCUGAACAAAUGCGACUUUAGAGACGCUGGGUCCAGCGAUGGCGACCACAGCGACAGCACUACCGAAAACGAUAUCGAGCCUAUUUCGAAACUCUUAGUUCUCGCUAUCAGUACCGGCUGUUCUAGAAUUGUUCGAGAGCUUUUGACCAUGCCUACUGUCAUGGGUCAACUACUCCGGAUCCCCGCCGUCGACCCUAAUGCUGAGGACCAUAAUGGCCUUACCCCGCUGCUUCUAGCCAUCGUGUCUGGACAUGGCAAUGAAUAUGUUGAGAUUCUACGGUCACGGUCAGAUAUCAACGUGAAUCAGCCCCGACCUGGGACCGACAGCAGACCACUUGACAUUGCGAUACAAACAGGCAACAUUACUGUUAUGUUGUUGCGUGAAAGAGGUGCCAUUGAGUCGGUUGACUCCACGGGAUCCUAUCACUUUAAUGCGAAUGUCACGGUUGAGGUUGGAUUCCUGCCUAGUGCAUACUCUGAGUUUCAGGCGACCCGACCACAUCAGGGACAGCGACAGUAUGCAAGUGGGUCAUCUGAAGGAAGUGGAACUAGUUCAGCAAGCGAUGAGCUCCAUCUCGACCACGUUAUUCCAUUGUCAGGUGGUUUAGAAUUUGCGCUACGGAAGAAUCUUCUUAGAGAGCAUUCCCUGCCUUUGGGCGAGCAGCAGGCAUACGUCCGCGAGUGGGUAAAAAGUACGGCAGGUUUGUGCUCAUCUUGCUCGGCUAUCGACCUAGGUUCUGCCUUCUGGAAGCGUCAUACAGAAUACGGCGGUCGAGUUAUUACUGACCUGGGAAGGGUCGACGACACUUGGCAGGAGAGGGCUUACGCUUUGUGCCGCAUGUUUGCUAACAUAUAUAUUCGCACUGGCAUCAAGGGGGGGUAUAAACUGGUUAGCUUCUCCACGACACAGUCUUGGCUCUGUCAUGCAGAGAUGGCCCGCUGGAACGCCUUUCGGUUUAAGCAAUUCAUCGACACUAUGGUGUUCGCUGUGAUUCCAGACACAGUGGCUGCAGAUGGGGUGUAUGAGACCCAACUUGACUUCGGGGCAGCAGCGAGGCCGCCGAAACGUACAAGAGAUGCUGUCAAAGCCGCAUUUUCUUUCGGCUUGAUCGGCCGUCUCGGGAGUAAUGGUCCAAGCGGAGCUUCUGUGACCAUCCCACGGCUAGGUGCCAUGGUAAGUGACUGGAGUGUAGCUAGAGGCUGGAUUACUACGUGUCGCGAGGACCACCAACGGCGCUGUAAAUCGUACGGAACAGCCAACAUCCCACAUUUCUAUCUCAUCGAGUCUACUACGCGAAAGAUCUUGGAACAUAAGCCGUCUCAACCUAACCGUCGGCCGGAAUACGUAGCUCUGAGCUACGUUUGA